AUGGCCCCAAACAGAAACGCAGACCCGGGGCGUAAAUAUCUUGCUUCAACAUCGACCAAUAACCAAGUUGAUUGUCAAUACUGUACCAGGUCAUUCGCAGCACGUGGGAUCAAAUCUCAUGAACAGAGUUGUUUGAGAAGACGGGAUAAGAAGAAUGCUAAUAAAGAUUUCGCAGCACUUGCAGCGCGUCGAGAGAAACGGCGGAAUCGUAGGAAGCUGCAGCAGACAACAGCUUCUGCUGCUGCUGCUGCUGCUGCUGCUGCGUUGGUCCCUUCGGGAUCGGCCCUGGAUGACGCAGAGUCCUUGCCCGCUCAAGAUCAGCAACCUGAUUUUACUGCGCAUCCAUGGUCUGAAGGUGGUUCAGAUCUCGUCGAUAUGAGCGUCAGUGGAGAUGCACGCCAACGUUCGGCAUCAGAUACAAGCAUGGGCACCGCGCCUAUUCCAAAUACCCUGUCAUCACUCCCAACUAUGCCUUCGGCUCGCUCCAAUCUCGACACCUUCAAGACAGAGUACCACCCGCACAGUGGCCGCGCGACUUCUGUGGAGACGUUCUCCACUUUUGGACACAAAGAGCCUUCACAGCUGCCCGUCAUUGACGAACAACCCUGGCAACCCUUCGCUUGUCGCGCGGAUUUCGAGUUCGCCGAGCUCGCACAUGGCGCUGCUUUGAACAAGAAUCAGACAGAUGAGCUCUUGCGGCUCAUCUGGAGGAUUGCGGACGGCCAAACGAACUUCACCUUCAAGUCGCAUGGAGAUGUUUCCAAAGCCUGGGAUAGGGCAGCCGCUCAAAUGACACCAUUCGAGAAACAUACCAUCACCGUUCAGCACAAGCGAGAGGAGCUCGAGUACAACAUGUAUACGCGGCCAUUGUGGGAUUGGGCGCUGGACUUACUACAGGACCCUUUACUGAUGCCCCAUUUCGUUUGGGAUGCGCAGCGAUUAUACAAGCAUGACGGUACACGCUAUGAGCGCUUUGUACACGAACCUUGGACUGCAGAUAGGUGGUGGAAUGUACAAUCAUCUUUGCCCGAAAACGGCGUGCCGUUUGCGUUUAUAUUAUACGCAGAUAAAACACAUCUCUCCUCUGCUGGCACAGUUAAGGCAUACCCGGUGUUCGCUCGAUGCGGAAACUUGCCCGUUGGUAUCAGAAAUACUGAUGGGCUCGGUGGUGGGCGAAUGGUUGGGUGGCUACCAAUAGUUCCUGAUGACUCUGAGGAGGACGGCAAGCUCACGUAUGUCAAUCUCAAACGGGUUGUAUGGCACAAGUCAUUCUUCAAGCUACUCGAAACUAUUAUAAUGUAUGCCCAGAUGGGGUAUGCGUAUGUGUGCUAUGAUGGCAUCAUGAGGUGGCUAUAUGCGUUCAUUCUGCUGUUAUCAGCUGACUAUGAAGAGCAAUGUGUUAUGGCGCUUAUACGAGGGACCAACUGUCACUGCCCGUGCCCUAUCUGUCUUGUCCCUUCGGACAAGCUAUACGACAACGCUUCCACUUACCCGAUUCGAUCAUCCGACGAUGCAAAGGCUUUCGUGGAGUUAUGGACCAGGGACCGUGCGGCUGGAGAAAAGGCACUCAAAGAACAGGGCCUGCGGCCUGUUACGAACGUCUUUUGGAGUGUCCCAAAUUCCGAUCCUCAAGACACGAUUUCACAGGACCAUUUGCACGUCUAUCACAUGGGCCAAUGGAAACAUUUGUUUGGUGAACUCAAACGGCGCAUCGCGGCCCUUGGACGCAGCGCUGAGAAACAAAUGGAUGACCAAUUCGAUGCCUUCCCGCGAUGGCGCAAUUUAAACCACUUCGAUCGGGUUACUAACAUCACAUAUAGCGAUGGCAACAAGCUUCGCGAUAUUUCCAAGCAAGUAUUGUACGCCGCCCAGAACAUACUUACGCACACAGAGGAUGAAGCCGGCUAUGUGCUACUGCAGUGCAUAGCAAGCUACUUACAUAUCGACAUGUAUAUUUCACUCGAGGUCCAAACCGAAAGCACAAUUGCUGCAGGGAGGGCUGAGGUAUUUGAGUUUCAGAACCGCUUAGAGGAGUACAUCAAAAUUGUCAAAGAGACCGAUCCUGACACGAUCAAAAACUGGAACUUUCCUAAGAUUCAUUCCGGAAAGCACAUAUUCGAUGACAUCAUGGCGAAAGGCGCCGCCCGCAACUUCAGUACUCGACCCAAUGAAAAGCAACACGGGCCAAUCAAAAAGUGGUAUCUACGGCAGACCAAUCGUAAGAAUAUCGCUGAUCAGAUCCUUGAGCUCGACCAUAGGAGUGUUGUCUCCGAAUUCAUUCGUAGCCGUAUCGAGUACCUUGAUGAGGAACGACGCAAAGCCCUGCUCUCGCGGGAUGAACUCGAGGAUACGGAUGAGGAUGAUGACGAGCUGUUUGAAGAACAUCUUCAUAUUGGUUCACCCCUCAAGAAUCAUACAAGCUUUGCGCAAGUGGAGGAAGAAAACAAGUCAUCGCGCGCCUUUCACCAGUUCCGGAAGAAGCUCGCAACAUUUCUCAAUCACUUCCUUCCCUCCCACAACAUUCCAUUGCCAGAUGGAACAACAUGGUUGAAACUUAGAGCACAUGACCAGAUCCAUGAACAUCGUUACUUAAAAGUGCACUAUGAGUCUGCCGCUGACUGGAAGUUGGCUACCGACUACCUGCGAUGCAAUCCAAGCUUCCAUGGCAAAGAACGGCGCGACUACGCCCUAAUACGCACACAGGACAAGGAUGGCCACGACAAAAAUAUCUUUGUGCAGAUAUUAUACAUGUUCAAGCACACUGUCGGUAGCAACACUUUAGAUCUUGCGCUGGUCCUACCCAUGGAUGCCUUAAUUGGCCCAUUGGCACGUCGGCGUAUGGAUAGGGAACUACGACUAACUCGACUCCGUGCACGGCCCACCUCUUCGUCUGAGUUUAUCACCCUUCAUUCCAUCAUUCGUGGUGCCUUGGUCGUCCCCGAUUUCGCUAACAAGGGAGAUUAUUUUCUUGUUGAUUAUGUUGAUACCGACAUGUUUCUUCGUACCAGACGUUUGCUACAGUAG